AUGUCCCCAGCAGAAGUGCCCCCAGAUGCAGAGGGCCAAGAGCCUUCGCAGAGUCCUCCCACUGACGGUAUCCCUGCUAAACGGGCUCGGGCGAAGCAUGCAUGUCGGGAGUGCAAUUCUCGAAGGGUGAGGUGCAACGUCACUGAGUCCCACCCUUGUUCCAACUGCCAGACUUCAGGGGCCAAAUGCGAAGUGCUGCCGUCUCGGAGGGGGAGGUAUCCCCGGAGGUCACGUCGCCAGAACCAAUCAGUUCAGGCGAAAGAUCCCGGCUUGCCUUCCACUGGAACUGUUGAUGAUGGGAUCACUUUGUCCUCCAUCGAUUCAAUCCAACCUGUUCCAACACUGGGAGGCGACUCGAUCACCAGCCCCCUGCUAAAUAAAAAUGUCUUCGAUGCUAGACUUCCUGCGAGAACACCAUCGCCCCCAACCGACUCGGCGGCGCCUGGGUCUUUGUUCUUUGGCGAAUCCAAUUUUCUGACUCUGGUGCCUGGUCGUCCUCGCCAGGGCGAUGGACCAAAUCAGAAUGAUGACGCAAACGGGAGCAAGCAAAAGGCUCGCCUUCUGUUUCCCAUCACUAGCACGCCCCAGUCAAUUCCCGAGGGCGAAUCACCUGCCAGCUGUGACCGUGUCAGCUCGGGAACAGCACGAUAUCUCCGCGACGAAGGCGCCUUGACACUGCCCGAUCUGCGCACCUGUGUGCCAGCACUACAGGCUUACUUUACCUGGUUUCAUCCUUGCUUUCCUAUUCUGGACCGCGCCGAGUUCACGCGUCGACUGGCAAGCUUUGAUGUUUCCUAUCUUCUCCUCCAGUCGAUGCUCUUUAUUGGCGCGACUUAUUGCGAUCAUGAUACCAUUGUCUCCAUGGGGUUCCAGGACCGCUCUGAAGCCAAGUCCCUGUUAUAUACGCGAGCUAGACUCUUGUUCCAUGCGGAUUGGGAAAAGGAUGAAAUCACCCUGAUCCAAUCCCUGUUUCUCAUGAGCUUUUGGCGAGGCGGUCCAUCGGAUGUCAGAGAUGUCCGGUAUUGGUUGGGCGUGGUCAUUGGGGUGGCCGAGUCGUAUGGACUCCAUAGAUCCGCCAAGUUUACAACUCGGGAUACCCAUCGAGCAAGAAUAAGAAGAAGGAUAUGGUGGUCUAUUUAUGUUCGUGAGCGCCAGGCCGCUGCUUCACUCGGUUUGCCUAGCAGGAUCCGAGAUGAUGACUGUGACAUUGAGCCGCUCAGUCCCUCGGAUCUCGAGUCCGAAGUAGCUAACCACGAGACCUCUCACUUUGGAUCCUGCAAGCCAGAGCAUAUCCAAUAUGUCAUCAAAAUGGUGGAAAUUGCCAGAAUACUCGGCCAAGUCAUCGAUGUUCACUUCUCCCCCGGAAGGCCACCAUCAACCCUAGAACAAGUUCGGAAUCUUGAUCAGACUCUCGAGACCUGGAAACAAAGUCUCCCGGAUGAGUUGGGCCGCGUAGAUGAUGGGAAUGCCUCGGUGUGGUCACAUCUUCUACACCUGGCAUACAAUCAUAUCCGAAUUCUCAUCCAUCGUCAUAGCUUCCUGAAACAAAAGAAGGAAGAUGACAAUGGUCAAAUUGCUGUGGCCGCUGCUUCGCGAAUUAGCCGAAUCGCGGAGGAUAUGUUGGCGCAGGGGACGCUCCGCUAUGGACAGAUGCAUUUGAUCACAAGUCUGUUCGCUGCGCUUUGCAUUCAUGCCAUCAGCAUCAAAAGAGGCGUUGAUGUCACCCGACGGAUCGCAGAGCACAGAGCCCAGAUGUGUUUACUUGCCCUACAGGAGAUCCAGAAAUACUGGAGGAUCAACAACAACGUGCUUGACUUGUUCCUCCAAUACCUCGACGUCUCGAUUGCCAAGCGAAUCCACGGCACAGGCCAAGUCGAAGGCAUGAUGCACACCAUGCCCAUUCUGGAGCCGCAAUUGAUUGGAGAAAGCCAGGAUAAUGGCCGCCAGGCUACUCCUGCGCCAGAAGGCGGGGUGCGGUAUGACUUCCCGACACCGCAGACACAGGCCCAGACGAAGGCCUUUGAAGACCAAUACUUCAAUAUGCUGUAUGGGCCUUGGGAAGGCGAUGAUGGCGUGGCUGAUCUGGGACUGGUUCUCCAAGCCAACGACCCCCUGCAAAUGGAUUGCCUCAACUUUUUGGGCCGGUCUCUGUAG